AUGCAAAGCUGGUGUCAACUGCGAGACACGGUCCAGUCGACGGCGCACGCCGUCCUUGGUCGCGCUCCCCGCCAACACCACGACUGGUUCGACGACAACGACGCCGCCAUCAGAAAUCUGCUCGCCGAGAAGAACCGCCUACACAAAGCCUACGUAGAUCACCCCAAUGAGGACAACAAGCUUCCUUCUACCGCAGUCGCCGCCAGCUUCAGCAACGACUGCGCGAGAUGCAGGACGCCUGGACUGCUCGCAAAGCUGAGGAGAUCCAAGGCUACGCGGAUCGGAACGAAUGGAAGAACUUCUUCUUUGCAAUCAAAGGUGUCUACGGUCCGCCGACGAAGGGCACUGCUCCUCUCCUCAGCGCCGACGGCAGCGCUCUCCUGA